AGAGAGAAAGCUUCUCUAAAUCUCUCUCCACCGUCUAAAGAAUCUUUCCGACGCCGGAGACGUAAAACCAAAAAUGUCAAACAAACUCAUCGGAGAAAUGGGUCUUCACACCAAAAUCUCAAACAUCUUCGCCGCAAGAAACAUCAUCACCGCCAAGGAUGCAUUAUCAAUGACAGAGUUUGAACUAAUGGAGCUUUUAGAUGUUGGAAUGAAAGAGAUUAGAUUAGCAAUUGCAUUGAUUAGUGAAGCUACUUCUCCGCCAUGUCAAUCAGCUCGAUCUUUGUUGGAGAAAAAGGUCGAAAACGAGCACUUAUUAGGUCAUCUUCCUACACAUUUGAAGGGGUUAGAUGAAACUUUGUGCGGUGGUAUACCGUUUGGUGUUCUUACUGAGUUAGUUGGUCCACCUGGUAUUGGUAAAUCACAGUUUUGCAUGAAACUUGCCUUAUCGGCCUCGUUUCCAGUAGCGUAUGGAGGAUUAGAUGGUCGUGUGAUAUACAUAGAUGUGGAAUCCAAGUUUAGUUCAAGAAGGGUGAUAGAGAUGGGACUGAAAAGCUUCCCUGAAGUGUUUCACCUUAAAGGAAUGGCACAAGAGAUGGCUGGAAGAAUCCUUGUUUUGCGGCCGACAUCUUUAGCUAACUUUACUGAAAGUAUACAAGAACUCAAGGAUUCAAUUCUUCAAAACCAAGUAAAGCUUCUAGUGAUUGAUAGUAUGACAGCUCUUCUUUCAGGCGAAAACAAACAAGGAGCUCAGAGACAGCCUCAGUUGGGUUGGCAUAUUUCUUUCUUAAAAUCGCUUGCUGAAUUUUCACGGAUUCCUAUAGUGGUGACUAAUCAAGUUAGAUCUCAAAACCGCGAUGAAACUAGUCAGUAUUCUUUCCAAGCUAGACUAAAAGAUGGAUUUCAAGAACACACAAAGACUUAUGAUUCACACCUUGUUGCUGCGUUGGGGAUUAACUGGGCUCAUGCUGUAACGAUCCGGCUGGUUCUUGAAGCCAAGUCAGGUCAGAGAAUCAUUAAGGUGGCAAAAUCUCCUAUGUCGCCUCCUUUAGCCUUCCCGUUCCAUAUAACAUCAGCUGGGAUUUCAUUGUUGAGCGACAACGGGACUGAACUGAAAGGCCCCGGAAUCAAUACCAUUCAUGCUCGAGGGCACAGCGACAUGAUUAAUUUUCACGCGGACUGCUCGUAGUGAAGCAAAGGCGGCCUGUUACGAUAAUCAACAAGAGACACCAACAUCAACUUCCAAAUUCUGCAUAUAAGCACAAUAGUAAGUCAUAAGUAGGAAAGACUAAUAGUUAGACAUUGAUAUAUAGGCUUCAAUGUUACCGAUGAAACAGAUGAUUAGCGAUUAAGUCUCACAAUUGGUAUAUUCAUUAUAUGUUUGGUAAGUUAGAUCUAUGCACUCUAUAUAACUUCUUUGCUUUUUUGGUAAAUGUUUUGUUUGAUUUGUGUGUUCUCUCAUAUGAAGAAAAUGUUUAUCUUUCUUGGUCUCUUGUCAAGUCAAAAAUUAUAUUUUCUUUAUUUAGUGACAAGAAAAGACUUGAUAAAGAGGACGUGAUGGUUUAUCUUAUAUUAUCUUCUUUUUGCCUCUUAAGUCUAGUGUCUUUUGGUUGGUUAUUGCCUUGUUGCUUCUGUGUUUAGUUUAAGGGUUUGUCAACUUUCGUUUUGGCUUUAGUUUUUAUGCUCUUUGUGUCAUAGUGUCUUUAGUUUCCCUUACAUAGGGUCUAGUUUCCGGGGAAUUCUCGUUUUCCUCCGGCUUUGUCUCCGGGGACUUACCGUUGUCCGCCGGCUUUGCUUCCCUCUUUUGGACGUUGUAUUCUACUUCGGUUCCACAACAAAUUUAUCAAUAAAAUUUCAAGUGACAAAAAAAAAA